CAUAGAACUAGGGUUCUUCAUCCCCAAGUGAGAAAGGGGUUCUACUCCAUAGAGAGAGAAGAAAACAGUAAUCGGAGUAGUCAUACUCAUAAGGAUGAGGAAAAUAUGCUCCGGGAUGAUGAUUUCCACUCCUGGGACGAUCUCCAAGCUCGAUUCGAUGAAACCCAGCUCCAAGAUAGCUUCUAGGAUGUGUUCUUCGUACUUUCUCUCUCUAGGGCUCUGUUUUUGCUCAAAAAGUCCGAUCUCCUCACUUGUGGCUCGAAAUUGGCUGAAAAAUCAAGAUUUCCCGACUCGCACGGGCAGGCCACACGGCCGUGUGGCUCACCCAGUUGCCUGUGCGAGUCAAAACGUUGCGUUCCAAUUAGUUCGAUCUUAGGCUUCCCACACGGCCAGGGUCGCACGGCCGUGCGGGAUUUCCAUCCUGCCCGUGCAUGCUCUCGACGAAAACCACACGGCCACAAAUGUGAGUUGCAUGGCCGUGUGAUGUCCAGGAAUGCCCGUGCAGCUUCCUUAGCACCUCGCCACGCGUCCGAUCUUCGUCCAAUCGACCCCAAACUCGCUCCCAAGCCUCCAUUCACGUACUAGGACCUGAAAUAUCACAAACAAGCACAACCUAGCGUGAAAUCGGCCUAAAACACGAGAGUCAACACCUCAAACGGUGUAAGAACAGGGGUAAAAACAUGUGUAACUAACGGUCUAUCACCUCUUUAUCACGGUCGGCCUGACCGUGAACAUCUAGCUUCCACUGUGAUCUUCGGCUGUUUGCUCCCUUUGAUCCGUUUUCCCUUUUUCGUCCAACUUUCGUUCGUGAGGCCGAUUCCACCUGCUAGGAUCUGAAACUUAAUAAAAACAAGCACACCCUAGCGUAAAAUCGAAUCUCACGGAGUGAAAAUGCCUAAAACAUCUCAAGAAUAUUGGGAGAAAACAUGUGCAAUUGGACCCGAAUCACUCCCCCAUAUUUGGAUGUUUGCUUGUCCCCAAGCAAACCAAACUCAAACAAGGUAAUAUAUCAACCUAAACACAAUGACUUGAGGACAUAUCAAAGGGCUCAAAGUGGAUGAUCUUAAUGGUUAUUGGGUACACAUGGACAAUUCACAAGCAAUACCGAAACCACCAUAAACGACAUUCGAAUGCAUUAAGAACGUGCAAACGAAAAGGUCUCACUCUGUUCACAAACCAACACAUGACUUGACAAAACUACUCAUAAACCGCAAUUAUCCAUGCAUAAAGUUCAAGCCCUAGGAAUAGACAAAUGAGCGAACAAGGCCCUCACCGGGAUAAGAUAUCAACAUGCAAAAUGUGAAUGAAGAGGAGCUUCGAUGGAUGUCCCAAGAAGUACGGGGUUAUGUCGAAGCAGUUUUGAAUAGCUUGGCUGCUAAUGUUCCCAAAGUGAGCUCCCUUGACCAAUAGUGUUCACUUUAUUUCGAUGAGGACAUCGAACUAUGUGGUAAUAUUUUACUACUAUUUUGAUGAGCAGGCAGUAGUGCUUUGCCAAGUGGAAAAAUCCAAAGAAGAUAUGUUGAACCAGCUCUACAGCUCUGUCAGAUUUGACUGAUUCUCCUUAGUUAACUUCCUCGUCAUCCAUUGUGCUUUCCCUAGUCGGCCUGAUCAAUUUUCCUGAACGUGUAGUUCUCAAAGCGCUGGAAGGAUUGAGGUGUUGCUUCAAGAGGACCACAAUGUAAAGCAUAGGAGAGAGCGGUACCAGAAGCAGUCAUCGAUGCUGUCUAAAUUAACACGUCAACUCAGCAUUCACGACAACCGGGCUGCAGCUGCUGCUGUUUCCACCAUGCCGAACGGCAGUGCAGAGAGCAGCCCUCGGACAAAUGGUCCACCUGUAGGUGACGACUGGAGAUCCGCAUUUGAUGCUGCCGCCAAUGGGGCCAGGACCAUUUCAUGCAAGAGAUGCACAUCAUCAACACUCAGCCAUAUCGUCUCUUCACCGCAACGACAACCUCUAAAUGUCAAAGUUCACAAGAUGGUUGUCGUCACUAGCAUGUCCGGAGGUCUUAGACACGGAUUCAGAUGACUGGAUAUUGUCUUGGACAUGGGUAAAAGGCUUUUUGGGUAGUGUCAAACAAAGUAUGAGGUUCCACUAGCAUCGGCCAAAAACCACACCUAUUAUCCAACUUUCAAGCAUAGAAGUGAAAGAGGUCAACAAAUAAGUAGGUGUUUCAAUAGCUUGGGUGUCAAGAAAUACAUUUCUAGAGAAUACACUUCAACUUUUUGGCAACUCUCUACUUUUAUUUACCCUCAUUAUUACCUCUUUUUCACUUCUUUUUCUCUUUCUCUUUCUUUUUCCUUUCUUUCUUUUCUCUUUUUCUUUCUUUUCCUUUUUUUCGAGGGGGUACUAGAGAGCUAAACACAUGCUACCUUUAGAACUUACGAACAAUUUCUCACCAUUAAGAAAUUUCCCCCAACACUAACUUUUCAUUCAUAGUAGGAACCAGGCAAAACUCACCUAUGUAGAACCUCCAUAAAACUCAAGUGACGAGAGCUCCCAGACACAAGGAUGACUCACAACGGUUUAGACAUGAAGAAAGAAAAAGGUCGCUCUAUCAAAUCUCAAUUAAGCUCAAGUAGCAAAAGCUCCUACAAUGAGAACGACCCAAACUCACACGGCUCAAAAGGGUUGACUAGGGGAUACAAAGAUCAAGACAAUCAACUAUUAGGGAGUGGACUAAUCCUAUGCCUCUAUCUUCCUCGCUAAUGACAACAUGAACGCUACACAUCAUGGUAAGAGGGAUCUAUCUGACAUGAAAAAGACGAUCGACACAAAUCUCACAUGGCUACCUAGCCUCUCAAUCAUCUAUUCCAAUUUUAAAUAUUUUGAUGCAUGGCAAUUGCAAUCAAUGAGUACUCAAGUCAAGGCAUCCAUCUAUUUGCACACAUAUGAGAACUAAACACUUGCACCAACCUAAUGCAAUUCUCAAUCAUCAUAAUAGGAUGUACUCAAUCACAAGUAAAAAAUCCAAAGUCAAUGCCAAUAAACACAAGAAUCCCCACAAACCGGCCACUGUGAUCAAGCAUUCACUCGCAUUCACAUGCCAAGCACAAAUGAUACACCCCCCACACUUAAAAACGACAUUUUCCUCAAUGGAGAAUAAGGGUAGGGUGAAGAAGUUUCCAAAUAAUGGCAAGUGAAAGUUGGAAUAGACCGGGGUAGGAGAUUUGAAGGUUCAAAAAGAAGAAUUAAACGCAAGCAAACACACACAUUCUCGCUCAAUCCUAGCCUAGGUCUACUAUGAAAUGUCUAGAUAAAUAGGGUUUGUCGCAUGUGGUGAGUGAGCUCUUUUCCUUGGCCUUUCAUGGUUAUCUACACGCCUCGAGUACAUCUCCCCUAAACCCAUGUCAGCCACCUUGAUCUACGCUAUCGUUUUCAGGGGCAUUAAGAACAUAGCUCCUUUCAAUGGGUACUACCCACCAUCCACACUGAGGUUUUAUUCCGGUUUCUAUCUAGGAAGGCAUUCAUAUGGCAGCGGUGCGGUCGCGUCGUCCACCAUAGAAUCAUAUUCAUACAUCUAACAUCAAUUUUCUUGAUGGCGCAUUCCCGUCUAACCCUAAAACUCCAUACCCAACGUAGAAGCUUAAGAAGGCUAGUAUAGAAGAUUAGGGUGACUUACCCAAACACAAUCAAAACUAGAGAAACAAUGAAAUCAACUAGAUAAACACAUUCAUUCAUU